CCUAACAAAUUGAAUGAACUUCAGGACUUUCGUUGUUAGAGUAUUGCUUUUUUGUUGGCGUUUCCAAUUUAGAGAUGGCAGAAGUUGCACCCGUAGCACCCACUGAAGCAGCCCCUGCUCCGGUUAAGGCUGUUAAAGCUGGCAAGAAGAAAACCGCUACCAAGCCUAAGAAAGCGGGUCCCAGCGUGUCGGAUCUCAUUGUCAAGGCAGUGUCUGCUUCCAAGGAGCGCAGCGGGGUGUCUCUGGCCGCGCUCAAGAAAGCUCUGGCGGCCGGCGGCUACGACGUGGAAAAGAACAACUCCCGGGUCAAUACGGCAGUCAAGAGUCUGGUGAGCAAGGAGACCCUGCUGCAGACCAAAGGCGUCGGCGCUUCUGGCUCUUUCAGACUCAACAAAAAGGUGGCUGAAGCCAAGGAUAAGGUAGCUAAAAAGAAGGCAGUGCCCAAACCCAAGAAGCCAGCGGUGAAGAAAGCUGCUCCUAAGAAGGCUCCAGCAAAGAAACCCGCAACCAAGAAACCAGCUACCAAGAGCCCUAAGAAGGCAAAGAAACCUGCGGCUAAGAAGGCAGCAACAAAGAGCCCCAAAAAGGCAAAGAAACCAGCAGCUAAAAAGCCAACUAAGAGCCCAAAGAAAGUCGCUAAACCCCAGGCGGCGAAGACAAAGCGGGCAGCUCCUAAAAGGCGCUGAGCUGAACAGUCUGAUGUAACCGUGUUGAAAUGAACCCAAAGGCUCUUCUAAGAGCCACCACAACUUCCUAAAAAGAGCAAAUUAUCAGUUGAUUUAUAAAUUAGUUUUAUAUAUACCCUUACCAAACAUUUUACUAGUCAGAGUUAAAUUAUAGUUAUUGGUAUAUAUACCAUCAAAUCCCCCUCGCUUACCGUAUUGAAAUUAUUGUAUUCAUUAACAAUACCUCUCAAUGUUUGCAUUAUGGAAAAAGUUUUAACGUUCCUGGUACCGGUAAAUCGAACUAUAAAUCUACUUGACAUUAUGCACUCCGAUUCCUUCAGUUUCUUUAUCGUGUUUAUACCAGACUCGAUUGAGUAGUUCAGGCUGUACUAGUACAAAGUUAUGUUUAUUAAAAAAAGUUUAAUACAGUUAAUUGCACACAGGUUUAAACCCGUAAUGUUAUAAACGCAACCACAAGAGAGCACGCAUUGAUCAAGAAAAUAAUAAUAGGCGCCCCCCUCCCCGCACUGACUGUAUGCAAAUUGGGUAUCGAGCAGCCGCGCUUUAAUUCAGUAAUACGAACAG